CUCCAGGGGCCGGAGCAGGAAGGCGGAGCCCGGGACGCGGCGGGGAUGGGAAACGGGCCCUGACGCGGGGCCCCGGUGUGGCCGUCCCUCUGGCCUCGGCUGGCGCUGUGACGCGGCCUGGAGAGGGCCCCUCCCGAGCGGGUGGACGAGCACCCGUCCUCCCCGUCGGGUGGGUGGGUCAGAGGCUCCCCGACCCCCUGGAGGGACCUUCGGUCCUGGGCUUGGCUCGUGGGCGAGGUCCCGCGUGCUCGCUGGCAGCCGGGGGGCAGAGGGGCUUGCUAGGGGAUACCGGCUCCCGGGCACGGGACACCAUCUGACGCCAGGAACCCCGUAAACAAAUGGGGUGAAUCAGUGGAGAUGCAGAGCCGCGGUGAGCGGUGUGAGCUGGAAUUCAUUCCCCGUGGAACGUUCUCACCUUAUUCUUGCUGGAUUCCCAACCUCUGACUUAUCAGGACCCCCGUGGGAGGUUACAAAAGCCGCAGGGAGUCCUGAUACCCUGCACCGCCUGAGAACGUAUUUAUUUGUCGAGUGCCUGUGUUCAGUGUCCUCUUUAAAUCUCCGUGGUCUACGGGGAAGCCCCGAGGAGUGGGUUGGGGUGGACCCGGGCAGGGAAGGGUUAACGCAGGUGUCACUGGUCCCUUGCUUGGUGGAUCUGCCCCUUGGAAGGAGAGACCGAGGGGCGGGGAGACCACUGCCGUCUCCGUGGGUUCCGGAAAGUGCACCUGAAGGGGAGUCUUUAGGCCCGCUCAGGAGCCACUUGGCUUCCUUCAGGUGGAGCCAGGAAUGGAAGAGGAAUCGGGAGCCGACGGCCUGGCCCCCAGGGUGCUGGUUCCCCUGUGCUGGUCACCCAGAGUGGACGGGCCUCUCUCCUGGGCUUGAGGGUGGUGCUGGGUGUCACCUGACCCCUGAGUCCCAGUUUAGUCUGCUGCACCGCUGUGCUUUCCAGGGGCUGCCAGGCCGCCCCCUGCCUGGCCCGAGAAGUCAGACUCACACUUUCUGUCAAAAAAAUUUGUAAGAAGAGCUCGUGUUCAUCUCGGAUGCUGGGGAUUAGCUCAGCUGCAUCCCCUGUGGCCCUUUCCUGUUGACUGACGUUCAUUCAGCAUUUGGGGAGAGAAGAGGGAAACUCCAGGCCCACGAUCGCAGGAUUAGAUUGACAUGAUGCUGCCACCUCCUAACAGAAAGCACGAAGGAUGGGGACUCCCAUGUUUUUAAGAAAGAAACGACGUGUGGCUGCCGUGGCCCUGCCGACUCAUCUGGCCCUGGCCUUGUCCUCCGGGGAGCCGGCGGGACGGUGGCCGUCAGUGCUGAAGACACAGGCCCUCGCCAUUUGCCCGGGCACCAUGAACGCCAUCGUCGCACUCUGCCACUUCUGUGAGCUGCACGGGCCCCGCACCCUCUUCUGCACGGAGGUCCUGCACGCCCCACUUCCCCAGGGGGCUGCGGGCGGGGCCAGCCCUGGCCAGGGCGGACCGGCCGAGGAGGAGGAGGGCGGCAUCCAGAUGAGCAGCCGGGCCCGCGCGCCGAGCCCUGCUGAGGGGGCCAGCGCUGAGUCCAGCAGUCCGGGGCCCAAGAAGUCGGACAUGUGCGAGGGCUGUCGGUCGCUGGCCGCAGGGCACCCAGGGUACAUCAGCCACGACAAGGAGACCUCCAUCAAGUACGUCAGCCACCAGCACCCAAACCACCCCCAGCUCUUCAGCAUCGUCCGCCAGGCUUGCGUGCGCAGCCUGAGCUGUGAGGUCUGCCCUGGCCGCGAAGGCCCCAUCUUCUUUGGGGACGAGCAGCACGGCUUUGUGUUCAGCCACACCUUCUUCAUCAAGGACAGCCUGGCCCGGGGCUUCCAGCGCUGGUACAGCAUCAUCGCCAUCACGAUGGACCGCAUCUACCUCAUCAACUCCUGGCCCUUCCUGCUGGGAAAGGUCCGCGGCAUCAUCGAUGAGCUGCAGGGCAAGGCUCUCAAGGUGUUUGAGGCUGAGCAGUUCGGGUGCCCGCAGCGUGCCCAGAGGAUGAACACAGCCUUCACGCCGUUCCUGCACCAGCGGAACGGCAACGCGGCCCGCUCACUGACAUCCCUGACGAGCGACAACAACCUGUGGGCCUGUCUUCACACCUCCUUUGCGUGGCUUCUGAAGGCGUGCGGCACCCGGCUGACCGAGAAGCUCCUGGAGGGCGCGCCCACCGAGGACACCCUGGUCCAGAUGGAGAAACUGGCCGACUUAGAGGAGGAAUCUGAAAGCUGGGACAACUCGGAGGCCGAGGAGGAGGAGAAAGGCACCGUGGUGCCGGAAGGCAGUGGAGGGCGGGAGCUGAGCCAGUGCCCCCCAGACUCGUCCCUGCUCUCAGACUGUGGGGACUGGCAGCCCCGAAAGCUGUCGGUCUUCAAGUCCCUCCGGCACAUGAGACAGGUGCUGGGCACCCCGUCUUUCCGCACGCUGGCCUGGCACGUCCUCAUGGGCAACCAGGUCAUCUGGAGGAGUCGGGACGUCGACCUCGUGCAGUCGGCCUUCCAGGUUCUCCGGACCAUGCUGCCCGUGGGCUGUGUGCGCAUCAUCCCCUACAGCGGACAGUACGAGGAGGCGUACCGCUGCAACUUCCUGGGCCUCAGCCCCCACGUGCAGAUCCCCUCUCACGUGCUGGCUUCAGAGUUCGCUGUCGUCGUGGAGGUCCACGCGGCCACGCGCUCCAGCCCCUGCAUGGCUGGCUUUGAAGACGACCAGUCACUCAACAAGUACGAGUUCGUUGUGAGCAGCGGGAGCCCGGUGGCCGCGGACCGAGUUGGCCCCACCAUCCUGAAUAAGAUCGAAGCCGCCCUGUCCAACCAGAACCUGUCCGUGGACGUCGUGGACCAGUGCCUGGUCUGCCUCAAGGAGGAGUGGAUGAACAAAGUGAAGGUUCUUUUUAAGUUCACCAAGGUGGACAGUCGGCCGAAAGAGGACACCCAGAAGCUUCUGAGCAUCCUGGGUGCCUCAGAGGAGGACAACGUCAAGCUGCUCAAGUUCUGGAUGACGGGCUUAAGCAAGACCUACAAGUCACACCUCAUGUCGGCCGUGCGGAGCCCCACAGCCCCCGAGCCCCGCAGCUGACCCCGGGGCGGGAGCUCGGCUCGGGGGGUCCUCGCGUUGGUUUCUGAACUGGGAGGGGUGGAGCAGUUUCCUGGUGGCGACGUGUGGGCGUUCUCUGCACUUGGGCAGGCAGCAGAAAGCCAUGAACAGUGGGGCUCUCUGCGUCUGUGCGCGUCCCCUGAGAGAAGACCAGAAGGAAAACGUGCAUUCUGGGCCACUCGGGGGGUUAAAUUUCAAAAUUUAAAGGACAGAUAAGUUGGGCCCAAUCCCAGUCUGGGUCUUUAGCUGCAGUAACGUGUCCUCUUGCCGUUAGCAUGUGAGCUGUCCCGCUCUAAAAUCAGCAAGAGUUCUUGGGGCUGGGGGUGUUGUGUGCACUUUGCCACAGUUGUGUAACUUGAGGACUUACUCUGAUCCCCACACAUUCUGCAGUAAAUUUGCUUUUGAGCUAGGGCUUCAGGCCUUGGAGGCGAGUGGACGUCUGCCUCCUCUCUGGACCCCCGUGUUCUGGAAGUCACUGGACUUGAGCGUGUCUUCUGGCCACACUCCCCUGGGUUGCACGUGGAAUUACCUGCCGCUGACACCGAGGCCCUGCGCGCUACACAAAGACAAUGCCUUGGCCUGCCCACCUCACUGCUCCAUAGCUAGAAGCCCCCCGUCCCCGUAACUCUUCUGUCCCUUUGCCCUUUGUUGCCUGUUAGACAUUUACAGUUGGCUGCAGUUAGCGGUAUUCAGAGAAUUGCGUCAUCACAGUACAUUUUUAAUAAGAAUUCACGGCUUGGAAGGAUUUUCCAGCAGUUUUGCCAACUUGUUUGUAGUGUUUUGUGUUUGUUUAAUUUAUAUUUAACACAAAUACUUAAGUUUAUAUGACUAAGUAUCUGUAUAAUCCAGAAUAUUGAAGCACAAUAAAGAUGUAUUUUUGUAAAA